UAGUGGAGUGUUUCCCAUGUGGUAUUGGUGUGCUGGAUAUCCCUUCACUGGUAGCCUGAUAACAUACACUCCCAGGUCUUUCUCUGCCUCUGUGGUGGAUAGUGGAGUGUUUCCCAUGUGGUAUUGGUGUGCUGGAUAUCCCUUCACUGGUAGCCUGAUAACAUACACUCCCAGGUCUUUCUCUGCCUCUGUGGUGGAUAGUGGAGUGUUUCCCAUGUGGUAUUGGUGUGCUGGAUAUCCCUUUACUGGUAGCCUGGUAACAUACACUCCCAGGUCUUUCUCUGCCUCUGUGGUGGAUAGUGGAGUGUUUCCCGUGUGGUAUUGGUGUGCUGGAUAUCCCUUCACUGGUAGCCUGGUAACAUACACUCCCAGGUCUUUCUCUGCCUCUGUGGUGAAUAGUGGAGUGUUUCCCAUGUGGUAUUGGUGUGCUGGAUAUCCCUUCACUGGUAGCCUGGUAACAUACACUCCCAGGUCUUUCUCUGCCUCUGUGGUGGAUAGUGGAGUGUUUCCCAUGUGGUAUUGGUGUGCUGGAUAUCCCUUCACUGGUAGCCUGGUAACAUUCACUCCCAGGUCUUUCUCUGCCUCCGUGGUGGAUAGUGGAGUGUUUCCCAUGUGGUAUUGGUGUGCUGGAUAUCCCUUCACUGGUAGCCUGGUAACAUACACUCCCAGGUCUUUCUCUGCCUCCGUGGUGGAUAGUGGAGUGUUUCCCAUGUGGUAUUGGUGUGCUGGAUAUCCCUUCACUGGUAGCCUGGUAACAUACACUCCCAGGUCUUUCUCUGCCUCUGUGGUGGAUAGUGGAGUGUUUCCCAUGUGGUAUUGGUGUGCUGGAUAUCCCUUCACUGGUAGCCUGGUGACAUACACUCCCAGGUCUUUCUCUGCCUCCGUGGUGGAUAGUGGAGUGUUUCCCAUGUGGUAUUGGUGUGCUGGAUAUCCCUUCACUGGUAGCCUGGUAACAUACACUCCCAGGUCUUUCUCUGCCUCUGUGGUGGAUAGUGGAGUGUUUCCCAUGUGGUAUUGGUGUGCUGGAUAUCCCUUCACUGGUAGCCUGGUGACAUACACUCCCAGGUCUUUCUCUGCCUCUGUGGUGGAUAGUGGAGUGUUUCCCAUGUGGUAUUGGUGUGCUGGAUAUCCCUUCACUGGUAGCCUGGUAACAUUCACUCCCAGGUCUUUCUCUGCCUCCGUGGUGGAUAGUGGAGUGUUUCCCAUGUGGUAUUGGUGUGCUGGAUAUCCCUUCACUGGUAGCCUGGUAACAUACACUCCCAGGUCUUUCUCUGCCUCCGUGGUGGAUAGUGGAGUGUUUCCCAUGUGGUAUUGGUGUGCUGGAUAUCCCUUCACUGGUAGCCUGGUAACAUACACUCCCAGGUCUUUCUCUGCCUCUGUGGUGGAUAGUGGAGUGUUUCCCAUGUGGUAUUGGUGUGCUGGAUAUCCCUUCACUGGUAGCCUGGUAACAUACGCUCCCAGGUCUUUCUCUGCCUCUGUGGUGGAUAGUGGAGUGUUUCCCAUGUGGUAUUGGUGUGCUGGAUAUCCCUUCACUGGUAGCCUGGUAACAUACACUCCCAGGUCUUUCUCUGCCUCUGUGGUGGAUAGUGGAGUGUUUCCCAUGUGGUAUUGGUGUGCUGGAUAUCCCUUCACUGGUAGCCUGGUAACAUUCACUCCCAGGUCUUUCUCUGCCUCUGUGGUGGAUAGUGGAGUGUUUCCCAUGUGGUAUUGGUGUGCUGGAUAUCCCCUCCCACGGUGCAGGACUACAUUUUUCUUCAUUGAAUUAUAGCAGCCACUUUUUCAUCCGUUCCUGUAGCGUGGUGAGGUCUUCUUGUAGGAAAUCCGCAGUCAAUGUUUUAAGACUCAUCUGGUGUAAAUACUGUAUAUAUAUCUGUGUGAAAGGACCUACCAAUCUAUAUAUAUCUGUGUAAGAAAACGAACCCCAUGCAUCUGUAUAAAUCUGUCUCCAUUGCAGCCAACCGUCGCUGGGUCGCCGUGCCGCUGGGAGGGGGGGGUGGCCGCCUGGCACUCCUGGACCACACUGCCCCGGGGAGGGUGCCAGAAGGGGUGACGCCAAGUGUUGUCAACGGCACCAAUGUCACGGAUUUUGCCUUCGAUCCCUUCAAUGUCAACUCCCUGGCUGUCGCUUGUGACGAUGGAAGGAUCAACUUGUGGACCAUCCCAGAGAGCGGACUGAAGGAACUGACUAACACUCCCACUGAAACAUUGACAGAUCUCACUUCAAAUGAUAAGGUAACAGCGCUGCGUUUCCACCCUCUGGCUACUGGAGUACUGGCAGCUGUCACUUCAGGCCAUGUGGUCAAGAUCUGGGACACACAGCUGCCAAGGGUGACUCUGAGUCUGACCAA